AUGACUGUAACGGAGUGGAGACACGUAAAAGUAAUCACACACGUGCACAACAAUUCUUCUUCCUCGCAACUACCCAACAAUGUUUCAUGUGGUGUUGAUGAGAGUGGAGAGUACAUCGAAGUGAUAAAAAAUCCGCUAACAGUGACACAACCACCUACCGAGGAAAGAGAAGGAGAAAUUCAAUGGGAGCGGUUUUACUUUGAUCGAUGCAGCAACUCGUCUGAUCUAAAUUUUCAAUACGCAAAGUACUCGGAAGAGUAUCUGAACUUGGCAUUAGAAGGAUACAAUACCGCACUGUGUACCAUGGGUAUUGGAUUCCUCAAGUUGAAACCUAGCAGCAGUUAUGAUAGGACCUCUUUGCUCACAGCUGUGUUCGAUGGGUUGGUUCAAAAGGUUCAAGAUUCGGUGAGACUUAUUAGUGAUAUGAUCGUUUCCUAUGCGUUUAUGGGCAUUACCGACAAUCAAUGUGUUAAUCUUUUGACAGAUUGGGAUGUCCCAAACCAAAAAAUAAUAGACAAUGGUGUUGAACCAUAUUAUGAGAAAGUUUCUUCACUUGAACAAUUAAGACAACAUUCUGAACUAAUCAAGCAAGGCUCUUCAAAACCAUAUGCGCUAUUGAUCAAAUUUGAGUCAAAAAGACGUGAAAAAAACACGAUCGGAACCCUCUGUGUCGUCGACUUUGGUCUCCCUCAAUUUAUUCCUGACCCUUAUACAAAUCCUUUGCCUGUUCAAUUGCCAAAUUCAACGCAAGUUCUUCGGAAAUGCAUAGGUAUGCUUGCAAACACUACCCUCGGGAUUAUUCCGUGUAGAAAUUCCGUCAUAACGUCGAUUAUCGCGGACUUUCUUAACGGAAAUGGGAUGCUAGUAUUCUUUAUGAAUUUCGAGGGAUGGAGUGAUCCUAAGGAUUAUAACCAUAGAACCAAUAAUAUUGUUGCAGGGCUCGAAUUCGCGAGGACCAUAAGCCGAAUAAAAUGUCGUAUCACUAAAAAUUACGUAGAUUCACGUCUGGUUCUGUGUCGGUCCGAACUAUCUCAGAAAGAGGAUGAACUAUCGGUGAUGAAAGAUCGAUUCUCUCGACUUCAACAGGAUCUUAUGAGUUUACAGAGGGAUUUUGAUCAACUGUCAUCAAAGCAUGAAUCGUCUUGCGAUGAAGUCAUGAGGAUUAUGGUGGAAAAGUGCACGGCGAAUUGUGAAGCGAUUAAGUUCAAGGAUGAUGCGCAAUCGACAACCGAAAAAUUUAGGAUGUCUGAGUAUGGGCGGGAAAUCCUUAACACGGAAAAUAAAGUUUUGUCACUUAAUUUAGAGCUGGCAAAAUACGAAUGUGAAUCGUUAAAGGUUGAAUUACAACAAUCAAAAGAAGAAAGUUUCGAGUUAUUGGAACACAUCAAAGAGGUGGAGGGAACCUACAAAAUUGCCGAGGAAAAAUUCCAUCUGUUGAAACAACAAAAAGAACAUCUUCUCAAGAAGCAAGUUCAAAGUGUUGAGGAAACGGAGAAAAUAAUGGAAAAUAUCGAUGUUUCAAAGGUUGAGCUCGAAUCAACUAAAGCGCAAUUACAAGAGCAAUUAAGCGAAAAUUCAAACAUGCGACAGGAGAUUGAUCAAUUAAAAUCCGAAAUUUGCAAGCUGGAAGCUGAUCAGGAGGCCAUGACGGAUAUUGUAAAUAAGAAGGAUACAUCUGAAAAAGAAAAGUCGAAAUUACAACGCGAAUUAAAACGUGCGACGGACGAAAGGAAUUCAUUAAGAAAAGUUAUUGAAGAGGAAAAAUCCAAGCAUGAUGAAGAGAAAACUCAACUUAAAGAUGAAAUUGAUGAAUUGAAAAGUGAACUUAAGGAGGAAAAAAAGAAAGAAAAAUCGCACAAGAAUGAAAUUAAUGCAUUAAAAAAGGCAAUCGAAGAAGAAAAAAAAAAGACAAAGGAGAUGAAAGAGACUGUAACGAACGAAAGUCACUUGCAAGAGGAGAAUGAUAAAUUAUCUCAUCGACUGGAUGAAAUGAUAAAAAUGAAUGAAUCGCUUAAAGCUGAAAGGGAUAAGGUCGCGGAAACUGGAAUUCAAUUGCAAGGACAAUUAAAUUAUGUGAAAGAUGACAAUGAGAAGCUACGAAAGGAAAUUAAUGAUCUUAACAUCAAACUAGCCUUGGUGCAAGCCUCACGGCAUGAGCCCGUUUAUAACAACUCGCAAGGCUCAUCGAGUGAGGUAAAUGGAAACGACGGUUCAGACGAAUCACCAACUUCUAGUGGUGACGCAUCAAAGGACAGCAACAAGAGACGGGUGACAUUUGUCGAAAACGAGGGUUCAAACAAGUCUAAGAGGGCUCGCAUUGAGGGUAAUGAGCCUUCAAAGAGAAGUAGUCGUAGACGUAUUAAUGGUGAUGUGAGCCGCAUCACUAAUUCCACUAGUAUGCCACCAGUGGUCUUUCCGUUACCGGCGAACCCCAAGCUAGAUACUAAAAAUUACGAAAAACUGAAAUCCAAGUUCAAUAUACCGAAAAAGGAUUAA